AUGGCGUCAACGUCUCAAUGCAUGGCCGGCAUGGCCCGUUUGAGCCUCGCCAGCUCCGCCAGACCGACGGCCUCCACGAUACCCCGGUUCCUCGUCCCAUCCGUGGCCCAGACACGAUGCGCCAGCGUAGGACCCAAGAAGACGGAGAAGAAGAAGAGGAAGUUGCCCAAGGACUACAAGACCUACAACAUCAAGGGCUGCCCUCAGUUCUCGCUGUGUGACGCCGUUCGCUAUCUCCGCGCCUUCGAGGUCGGCAAGCCGCCCCAGGCGAUCAAGUACGAGCUCCACGUCCACCUCAAGACCCCGCGCAACGGCAACGUCGUCAAGAACCGCAUCCGCCUCCCGAACCCCGUCAAGUCGGACGUCCGCGUCGGCGUCAUCUGCGAGGAGGGCUCCGCCGUCGCCCAGCAGGCCCUGCAAGCGGGCGCCGUCAUCGCCGGCCAGGAGACCGUCUUCGAGGCCAUCCGCAACGGCGACCUCGCCUUCAACAAGCUCAUCUGCCACGUCGACAGCGAGGCCGCCCUCAACAAGGCCAACCUCGGCCGCCUGCUCGGCCCCAAGGGCCUCAUGCCCAACCGCCGCAUGAAGACCAUUACCGACAACAUCACCGGCUCCAUCCGCGAGACGAUGGGCGCCGACGACUACCGCGAGCGCAUGGGCGUCAUCCGCCUCGCCAUCGGCCAGCUGGGCUUCACGCCCCAGAUGCUGGCGUCGAACAUCAAGGCGUUUGUGAGCCACAUCAAGCAGGACAUUGCGCAGCUCGACACACACAAGGACGUUCACGAGGUGGUGCUGAGUACUUCGCAGGGGCCGGGGUUCAGCUUGAACGGCAACUUUGACUCGACGGACGAGAAGGUUACGCCGCAGGUUCUGUCUGGCGUCAUGUAA